AUGUUAGACUAUAAUAUUAUUACUUGUACGAAUAAACCUACCGAAGACGACGAUGGUAAUUUCCAAGGUUGGUUAUUAACAAUAUUGUCUGGAGUUGCCUGUUGUAUUGGUGGUAGCCCUCUUAUUUAUAAGAAUGAAGAAAUUGAUAAUGAUGAUGAAAUAUUACACGAAGGUUCUCCACUAUUAAAAAACAAAAAUAUUACAUAUUAUGCCAAUGCAAAGGAUUGUAAUGAUAUUAAACAUUUAAAAAAUAGUGAUGAUGAAAAAGAAAAAUCUCAAUUAAUGCAUAUAGGUAUUCAAACAGCCUUAGCUAUAUCCAUACAUAAAUUUCCAGAGGGUCUUGUAACGUUUAUAACAUCAAAAGUAUCACCAACCAUUGGUUUUACAUUAUUUUUUGCCAUCGCUUUACAUAACAUUUCCGAGGGUUUCACCAUAGCCUUGCCACUAUAUAUGGCAACACGCUCACGGAUUAAAAGUUUUUUAUAUGCAUCUUUGUUGGGUGGAUUAAGUCAACCUUUAGGUGCAUUAAUUGGAUAUUUAUUUUUAAAAGAAUCCCAGCUUAGAUGUUGGGAUCAUAACUUUGUUUAUGGUACUUUGUUUGCUGCUGUUAGCGGGUUAAUGAGUGUUAUUUGCGUACAGGGUUUAUUACCACAAGCAAUAAAAAAUGACACUUCAAAUGGCCAUACUGUAACCAUAUUCUUUUUUAUUGGUGUAUUAAUUAUGGGAAUAAGUUCUGCUUUAUUUGAUCAUGCAAAGUAUGUUCCUGAGUGA